AUGUCGCAGUAUACAUGCCAAAAGCAGAUUGAGGACUUGAACAACGCGUGGCAACAAGUGGACGGCCUCCAAAAGUCGAUGAAUUGUGAUCCUUUUGUGCUCGUCCUGGUUGACGGCGACAUUACCAUGUUUUCGGAUGAUUAUGUGCGUCGAGGCUCUGUGGGAGGCCAUGAUGCUGCCCGCGAUUUGAGAAAGGCCGUUUAUGAAUAUUUCAAAACCAAAACUGGCUUUCAUCUCGACACUAAGAUCGUCAUCCAUGUGUUUGCCAACAUUGCCGGUCUGAGCAAGAUUUAUCAAGAAGCGAGGAUACUCCCCGAUCCCGUGGUGCUCCGCCAAUUCUUGCAAGGCUUCAACAAACAGCAUGCACUAUGCCAUUUCAUAGACGCAGGGGACGACAAAGAGGCAGCCGACAAUAAGGUCAAAGAGGAAAUGGAGUUAUUCUAUAACAAUACGCAUUGCAAACAUAUCAUGUUUGCAGGGUCAGGCGACAAUAGCUAUGCUGUCUUCCUGAGGCAGUAUAGCCUGACCGAUCAGAUAUGUUCAAGAGUGAUUCUGGUUGAAUCGAUCCCCUACGCUAGCAAGAUGGAAAGUCUGGCCAGCAAGUUCGAGCGAACUUGUCUCCCAAAUCUGUUCCGCGAGACUAAGAUCGAGGCAAGAAGAGUAUCUCGAGACGAAACCGGGGUCAAGAACUCACCACCACCGAGUUACGCGUCCACCGUUAAACAGUCGAACCAGCCUCGAGCUGAGCUGGUGUCGGUCUCUCCCACGGCAUCAGUAGCUGGCAGUAGCCUGGAGCGGGCAGAGAAAAAGAAGAUAUUCCAGAACAGCCAGGGUCAAAGAGUUGACCAGGCCGUCAAAGCGGAAAGAGCCAUCGUGACCAGCCUGAAGCCGAGGAAGCUUUGCAACCGCCACUUCCUGACACGGUGCAAUUACAGUCCAUGCCUCCACAGCCAUGAAGGUAAGCUGGCUCCAGCUCAACUCGAUGCUCUUCGUUUCAUCGCACGGUUGAGUCCCUGCCAGACUCUCUAUUGUGAAGAUCCGGAUUGCGUGUCAGGCCACCGGUGCAUGCAGGGUUCACACUGUGAUCGAAGAGGGUCGAACUGCUGGUUCAGCGAGGAAAUGCAUAACGUUGAUGUCAAGAUAACUGGGUUUAUAACUGUCUGA